CCAAAGGUUAAAAAAACAUUUUUUUCUACUAUUAUUUUGCUACAAAUAAAUUCUUCAAAAUCAACAAUCAAAAUGUCAAAUGCUCAACAAGCCGGUGAAUACCACGGCCAAGCUCAGGCUAACACCGAACAACUAGCCGACUCAGCAAGAAAUACAGCACAUUCAUUGGCUGAUAAGGCUGACAAUGCUACCCAAAAUGCUCAACAAUCUGUUCAAGAAAACAAAGAUCAACUCAACCCUGGAUUUCUUCAACAGACUGGUGAGCAAGUGAUCCAUAUGGCUCAAGGUGCAGUUGAUGGAGUCAAGAACACACUUGGAAUUGGAUCAGACAAAAAGUGAAAAAGAGAAAAUGAAAUGAAUGAAUGAAUUAAUUAAUUAACAUAUUUAUCAAUUUAUCUCAAUUUUAAUUAAUUUUUCAUUUAAUUCUAUGAUUAUUAAGCAUAAGUGAAAAAACAUAAUAUUAGUAGUUUGUGAGAUCUCUCACAAAAAGAAUUACAAAAUUAGUUCUUAUAGAGUGAGAUGAUUUUCAUAGGUUUGGUUUAAUUAUUGUUUAACAAUUCCAUGCACUUUAUAUUGGUGUUAUGGUGAAUUUUGUUUUAUUGAUUGAGAUUUCUCUCGUUAGAAAUUCUCAUUUUAAGUAUGUAAUAAGAAAGUUUUAUUUUGUUUUUGUUAA